GUUUGAGGGUGGGAGUUGAAAGGGCAAAGGUUCCGGUGAGUGGCACUGUGUGUGCAGGUCCGGCAGCUGAAGGCGCAUUUCUGGUCUGAGUGGAUUGGAGCUGUUCGUCUGCUGGUUGGUGUGCUCUCGACGAACAGACUGUAUGCCGCUCACGUUGGAUAUAUGAAGGGAGAAGUGGAAGACAGCUUGGAAGAUGAGGCGACUGAACCGGAAGAAGGCCCUCAAUCUGGUUAAAGAGUUGGAUGCUUUUCCUAAAGUCCCUGAAAGCUAUGUAGAGACGACAGCCAGUGGAGGCACAGUUUCAUUACUGGCAUUUGCAAGCAUGGCGGUGCUUGCCUUACUAGAGUUCUUGGUGUAUCGUGAUACUUGGAUGAGUUAUGAAUAUGAAGUGGAUAAAGAUUUCACCAGUAAAUUGAGAAUAAAUAUUGACAUUACAGUUGCAAUGAGAUGCCAAUAUGUUGGAGCAGAUGUUUUAGACUUAGCAGAAACCAUGGUUUCAGCAUCAGAUGGUUUAAAAUAUGAACCUGUGAUCUUUGAUCUUUCACCUCAGCAAAAGAUCUGGCAAAGAACUCUUCAUCUCAUUCAAAGCAAAUUACAAGAAGAACACUCUCUCCAGGAUGUCUUAUUCAAAACAGCCUUUAUGGGAUUGUCAACAGCUUUGCCACCUAGAGAGGACAGUCCGUCACAGCCUUCAGAUGCCUGCAGAAUACAUGGUCAUCUGUAUGUGAACAAAGUUGCUGGGAAUUUUCAUAUUACAGUAGGCAAGGCUAUACCUCACCCUAGAGGCCAUGCACACUUGGCAGCACUUGUUAGCCAUGACACAUACAACUUUUCACACAGAAUUGACCAUUUAUCCUUUGGAGAAAUUGUUCCGGGAAUAAUCAACCCUUUGGAUGGAACAGAAAAAAUUUCCCGAAAACAUAACCAGAUGUUCCAGUACUUUAUUACAAUUGUGCCAACAAAACUUCACACUUCUCAAAUCUCAGCUGACACUCACCAGUAUUCAGUGACAGAACAGGAACGUGUGAUAGACCACUCAGCAGGCAGCCAUGGUGUAUCUGGAAUAUUUAUGAAAUAUGACAUUAGCUCCCUUAUGGUGACAGUUACUGAGCAGCACAUGCCAUUCUGGCAGUUUGCUAUCCGUUUCUGUGGCAUUGUUGGAGGAAUAUUUUCAACAACAGGCAUGCUGCAUGGACUUGUAGGUUUCUUGGUUGAUGUAGUCUGCUGUCGGUUUAAAUUGGGUGUUUACAAGCCUAAAGAUGUAAGCAUCCUUGAUGGUCAUAUGAACAAUCACACAUCCCUAGUUACAGAUGACAACAGCAAACACUAGCAGUCCAUUUUGUCUUGUUGGAGAAAAUGUUCCCAUUUUUAUAUAAAAAAAGUGCAAUAGAAUGAAAUGGACCUGUGGAGGCGUCUUGAUUCAAAUUGGAACCACAUUGGACAAAUUUUCCAGCUGCUACUUGAAAAUGCAGCAGUAUUAUUCAGGGCUUAAUUUUUUCAUGUCUUUUUAAUAUUUUGAGAAUUUUGUUUUACGUACAUUUAAAACCAAUAGAUGUGAAGAAUUUGCAGAAUAUUUAUUUGAAACUGUAAAUGUAACCUUGGUGAAUUUUGUGUUUAGUAAGACUGCUUAAAUCGGUCUACUGUUCAAAUGAUAAACACAAAUACCAAGGACUCAUUUUUAUAUUUAAAAGGAGCUUUUUUGUCACUAAUCUGUCCACCUUAUGUCCUCUGAAGGCCAAACAACUGUUGUUGUUCUUGUCUUUCUCACUCACCUAUAGCAAUAGUAAAAUUAAAAGUGAAGCAGCGUGUGAGUAGCAGAUCGCAGACCUUCCUGUUUCUGGUUUUGUUGGUUCUUGGCUUUGGAUAGAUGUAUGUAUUAGACAGUCCUUUGUAGGUGUGAACUAUUAUUUGGCUUUUGUGCGUUCAGUGACACUAGCAAAUCUCACUUUUGUGAUUGAUUUUUAUCUGUUAUAAGAGUGCCACUUAAAGAUUGUACAUCUGCACUUUUUGACAAAAUGAAAAUGAUGAAAUAUUUUUUUUAUUUUUGAAAAGUUUCAAAUUUUAUUUAAAGAUUUAUAUGAGUAUUUCAUUACUAAAUCUUGGAAAUCUCAGAAUUCAAGAAUGAUGUCUAUUUUUAUUUUUAAGUGGUUCCUGGCCUGUAUGACUUCUGAAAUUUCUGUGGAUUUCAGUCCUCAGAUAUCUUUUUUUAAUGUAACCUCUCCAAAUUAAAGAUGUGAAAAGCAGGUGUCCUUCAUGUUGACAGUAAUAACAUAAAUACAAAUGGGGUUGAUGCUCUUCAUUUCCUUGUGAGUGUGUGUGUAUAUUUGUAUCUCUGAUUUGUGAGUUUUUUGAAGGGAUAUGUAUAACCGAUGUAAACUUGCCACCUGGAAAUAGUGCAGGAUCUCUUCUAAUAAUCAGGAGGGACUUUACACCAAACCCACUGAGUAAAAAGAAGUGUGAAGGUGUUUCUGUGACUGGCCACGGGUACUAGAUGAUGAUGUAUGGCUUUUGUACAGUACACUCCUGAGACCUCGUAUGCAUUUAAAGUGCCUGGCAGGAGUGCCAGUCUGCCGUCCCUGCUGCUGCUUAGUAGUUUGGGAGAUGAGAUCAGGCCUCCCUCCUAAGAUUUCAUUUCAGUGCUCAUUAAUUGUGCAAGACAUUUUACUUGAGUAGAAAUGCAUGUUACAAAAAAUGUCUAAAGGCAAGAAAACACUAUUAAAACAGAAAUAAAAAAAAAUGAUGUACAAAAUUUCAGCUAAAAUCUUUCAAAUUGAAGACUUUAAUUGAGUGUAACGCUUAAUAAAAGUGACUUCCAGAGUUUGAGGGCAUUGCGAUUGCAGACUUGCAGUAAGUACAAGACUGAACAGACAUUCUGGAGCACAAUCCCAGAAAUUUGUAUUCAAAUGAUUAUUAAACUCCUAAAUGAUGCUGGGGUGAGUUUUGAAGGACGGGAACUGGUGUUGGGGUCAUCCCUUACAAGGGGUUAUAUGUGUGAGUCUUUCCCUUUGUCUGUCUGCAGAUAUCUACAUAAACAUCUGCUGACAGUGUCUUUUACUGAAUACCAUCUACCUAUGUAAACCAGUGCUCUUAUAUCAAAUUUCUAUUUAAUUUCAUCAGAUAUAAAAUGCAGUAUAUCUCCGAGACCAUCAUCUGUCUUCUCAUUGUCCAAAAGAAGUCAUUGUUUUUAGUAAGUACUGCUGCAGGGUCCCACUCUUUCUCUGAGUUGCCAGUUGGCAGUCCAUGCUCUUACUGCCAGUUCCUAAUUUAAUUAGUGCCCUGUGCUGGGCUGGAUGCAGUCACCAGAGUAGCUCAGCAGUGUGAAGGUGACUAUUUAUGAGAAGCAUGUCUCUUUUUGGGGACCUGGUGCUUAUAUAACUUGUGCAAAUUUCUUUGAUCUAUUCUGUUGAGUUCUGUGAGCACUGAUGCCCAGGGCACAACUGCCAUAUGUUUAAAUAAUGCUGAAUCUGCCCAAAGGUGACAUUUUUCUUUAAUAAAUUGGAAAACUAAUAUAUA